AGUUGAGUUUCAAGAAGUAUAAUCAACAAAAUGGCGUCUAGAGAAGUUUUUAAGUUAUUGGUGAUAGUUUCGUUGUUUUGGAGUGUUUAUUCUGAAGAGAUAGACAACCCUUUUGGGUUUUAUCGUCAUGAAGCACCAAGAAUCUCCUCAACAAAAUCCGCCCUGGCAACUUGGGACGUUUAUUACGCUCAAGUCGACAAUUUUAACGACAAAGACAAUUCUACUUUUGCUAUGCGUUACAACUACAAUUUACAAUUUUGUCAACAAGAUGGCUGCCCACUCGUAAUCUACGUCGGUGGUGAUUGGGAAAUUAACGAAAGAUGGCUAAAACCAGGUCAAAUCUACGAAAUUGGACGAGAAAAUGGCGCCGCCAUGUUUUACACCGAGCAUCGUUUCUAUGGCAAAUCUAUGCCCACAACUGACUUCACCUCCGAGAGUCUUCGUUUGUUACACAGUAGCCAAGCACAAGAAGACCUCAAAGGGUUUAUCAUGAUGUUAAAAGAGUUUGAUCGCUAUAAGAAUAGUAAGGUUAUGUUGUUUGGUUGUUCAUACGCCGGUGGGUUAGUCGCAUGGAUGAAACAAAAGUAUCCCGAGUUGAUUCAAGUCACUUAUUCUACCGGUGGACCAUUCUAUGCUAAAGACAGUAUGUUUGAAUACCUUCAGGUGAUUUCACGUAUGAUUUACAACCUUCCAAACAUCGGAAAACAAUGUUUCGAUGGUUUAUUUUAUGGAAUUCAACAAUUGGAGCAGGAGUAUGACAGUGGGCCAGAGGGCGCUGCGUCUGUCAUAAAGAAAUUAGGGAUCUGCCCACCUUAUGACCCUAAAGGAGAUUAUGACAAAGCAGCAGUUUUUCAAACAUUCGGUGUAGAAUUCGGUAACAUGGGCCAGGAAGAUUCCAAAAAACUCCCCUACGCAUGCAAUAGGUUAAUAAACGCUAAAGGUGAGACCUACGCUGAGAAAUUGGUAAAUUACCGUACAAAUGGUACAACACCCAUUUUUUGCUACUACACUGAUUAUGAUUCAACUGCUGCGCGUUACGCUGACACGUCUUUGAAUGGUAAACAACGUCCAUGGUUUUACCAACAGUGUAAUGAAUUCGGAUGGUUCCAAACCACCGAAACCAAUACACAAGUGUUUGGUAAAAGUGUCCUUCCCUUUUUCUAUCACCAAUUAUGUAGAGAUGCUUAUGGAGCAGCCUUCACCGAUGAGAAUAUUUUAUUAGCACAAGAGAAUACUAAUAAGGUUUAUGGUGGUUAUACGCCAAAUGUAAGAAAAUCCGUGUUUGUUUAUGGUUCCAUUGAUCCAUGGGCCCCUAUGGGUGUCCAGGAGUCUUUGAAUGAUGAAGCGUUAACGUUUUACAUUCAAGGUGGGGGCCAUUGUUGGGAUAUGUUCCCCCAAAGUAUCGAAGACAGUAAAUCAAUGACAUAUGCCAAGGUCAACUCACGUGCCUGGGUGAAAAAAUGGUUGUCAGAGGAUUAAAAUGAAUCUAUUUAAUACAAAUGAAGUAAAAUAAUUAUUCCAACGUAAUUUGUUUGUGAAAUAUUCAAAUUUUUGUAGUUACCAAUGUUAAUCUCCAUAAGGAGGCGGAGCUUACGAUUGCCAUCAUACAUAGAUUACUAUUUGAAAAUUACUUGCAUAAAUUUUCUUUAUCGCGGCAUGUUUCAUUCUUAUUAUUCGACAUUGGUAUCUAACAUAUUUUAAAAUAAUAAUCAACUUGUUUUGCCAACAAUUUGUUCAUUUUUUUAUUGUUUAUUUUAAAUUAAUUGCAUGUUUUUCUAUAAUUAAUUCUUUAUUUCCAUUGUUUUCUUCAAUCUGUAUUAUUUUAUUACCAAGCGCAAACACGUAGAAAUAAAUAUUAUAAAGUUAUAA